GCUGCGUUCAUUUUCAAGUGGGUAGGUGGUAAUUACCAGCGAAGUGAAGUCGUAAAUCCCAAUUGGAAACAUUCAUGUGCUUUGAACUCGCCGAGAAACGUAGAUUGGCUAAUGGUCAACAAACUGCAUCAACCAUAAACUAAGUAACUAUUACAGCGAUCACGCUUGUAAACAAGUUAUAGCGUUCAAAAAACAUAUUAAUAGAUAGCUUUUUAGAAUAAUGUUUUGUUGUUGCAUAACUGUCGAAAUGCUGUUAUCGAGGUAAUUUCCUUAGUAGAUGAUGUCAGAGAUUAGCAUGUUAGAAAAAUCGGGGAUGAUAUAGUUUCCCAUUUGUUACCAAUUGGGGGACGUUCCCAGUCGUGAGUGGCUAAUACAACCUUCCCACUUGGUCAUGAAUGCAGAAUUAGACCUAAUCUUCAAACCACAGAACCAGUUUGCAUCCCAAUAGUGUCUCCUUUCUCCUGAAGUGUACUCUCGUUCACUAAUUUCCACAAGUAGCAUGGAGGGAGUUUCCACAAUAUUUCUUGGACCAGUAUUUCCUUUCAAAUCAGUGAUGGGAAGUGCACAAAUUGACACUUUGGGAGUAGGUAGAGAUAAUUGGGACGUAAACAGUUUUUUUCUUCAGUAAUGUGUAUUUGUUUCUUUAAAACGGUUGCGUGUUGCAUUAUGGGUGACUAACAUCGCAUUAGCCAAUCAAAUGCUUUAUAUGCUGAUGCGUUGUUAUGGAGUUAGUCAAACUGAAAACAUAGAAGACUGAUCAAACUUGCAUUAUGUUUGGUUAUAAAUUAUUAAACAUAUAUUAUAUAUUUUAAAACUUGUAUGAAAUAGCCAGCGAAUUUAAAAAAAAAAUGUGUCUUCUGAAUUGGCCAAGACUGGCUCUUUGCUCUUAACGUAACGUUGCUUUUGGUCUAGCUAGCAAACUAACGUUAGCUAGCUAAGUUAGCUUAGUAGCUAGAUAUCUAACGUUAGCCAGCCCUCUGUUCAGUAGCGAAUGGCCUCGCCCGAACGGGUGAGUGCAUUGCGAGAGCGCAACAAAGACUUGUUGAUGCAGUUGAGGCACCAAACCGAAAGUUUGUUGUUGACUAUCACCGGCACCAAAGGCAGCUCGGAGAAUGAUUCAAACCGGACAGCACAAAACAACACAACGAAAAACCCAGGUCAGAAUAAAGAAAAAAGUCCCCCUGCAGAGAACAUUGUGACCCUGAUAGAUGGUGACUUAGGCACUGCUAGGUCAGCUCUCAGCAAACCUACUGUACAGUUCAAGGAGAGAGACAACACUGAAACACAGGCAACAGCACCACUGAGAACUGAAGGUGAGGCAGUGGAAUCUGUGAAUGUCACCCUCUGUCAGACCUCAACACCACACCUUAUCACGGGAACCAAGCUUAAACCAGGCCAAGCUGCAGAACACUCUACUGUUUACACAGGAUUUCUUCAAGACCGAGGCAAAGGCCGUCCUGCAACUCUUGUCAGAUCAUUGGAUAUUAGGAGGCCCUAUACCAAGCCUAUUUACUAUAAUCAGGAGAAUGAACUGAGGGAGGUGGGUAAAUUCACAUUCCAAUCCCCUGGACUGGAGCAAACAUCAGCCUCAGACAGACAGCGUCUGCAGCCUUUACUGGGCUAUGACUGGAUAGCAGGGAUUGUGGAUGCAGAAAGCUCCUUGACAGAGCACUCUGAGCAGUUCUUCAAUGAUCUGCGCACUUUCCGACAGGUCAACAGAGAUGAGUGUGUCCACAGCCAACAAGCAGGAUUAUCUGAAGAGGACCUUUCACCCCCACCACUGUCAAUAGAGAAGGAAGACCAACAGCACACCAUGGACACUCACCAGUGUACGUUCUGUUACAGGAUCAACAGCCGACUGUUCCCAAACCCGUUGGAUUCUCAGGAGUCAUGCCCUGUGUGUAAGAAGCCCAAAUACAAAAUCCCUCACACUGCGGCUGAGCCAGCCUUUAUCAGGGUCAGCAUCCCUCGCUCCACGCUGUUGCCAGCAUACCAGUACAAAGCCCAUCGGAGGUGUAGCUUUGACCCCUCCGACAGCCUGGGUCUACCAUCGCACUGUCUGUCAGGCUGGUCUAACACAGUCCCCAGCACUGGGCAACAGCUCAGCAGCCUGGAUCUGAGGAGCUCUGUGGACACGAAGCCGGCAUGCUAUGGAGUCCCCUCUGCACAGCCACAGUCUAAGAAGUUUCUGGAUUUCUCAGUGUCCAGAGUGUCUGGCAGUCAGCGUUCUGACCAGCUGCUUGACGUGUCUCGUUUGGCCCGCUACCGUUUCCAGCGCCUGCCUGCCAACAGCAAACCACACAGCCCGUCCUACCCUGUGUUCUGAAAACCUAACAGCACUAUAAAACCUGUGUAGUAUUAUGAUUUCAUAUUUUUACAUGAAUGAAAUCUUUAAUAAUGAUGACGAAUUAACCCUCAGCAGUUUUAAUGUAGGAUUAUCAUUGUGGCUAUUGAAUCAUUAAUGUAUGUUAAUUUUCUAUCAUACACUUAUAUAAUGUGUUAAGUGCUCGAUUUUCAUUUUGAUGAGCUACCGAUUUUAUUAAAGGUGCAAUAUGCAGAAAUCGCUCCGCCAUUUCCUGGUUGCUAAAAUUCUAAUAGUUUAUGUGAUAAAAACAAGCAAUGUAUAGUGUAGAUAAUCAUUUCACAGCGGUUUAAGUGGUUCUGUUAUUUAAAAGAUAUUGUAUUUUCAGCUGUUUGAAACUGGUGUACAAAACCGAAAGUAAAAGACGCAAAAGCGAAACAUAAGAACGGGAAGCAUAGAAAUAGUGCACAUAGAACAUAUUGCAACUUUUAAGAUUGGUACCAAGAUAAUACGAUGUAAUUUGUUUAAAUAGUAUUGCCAUCAAUUUACUUAAUUUCCAAUGUUAGGGUCAACAAAUUAAAUUAGAUUUCACCUUGUUAUUUUUUAUGAAUGCAUGUUGAUAUCUUUAGGGGUGGUGAUGAUUUCUGGGGCUGUCACGUUCCUGACCUAUUUCUGUUAAUUUGUUAUAUGUUUAGUUGGUCAGGACGUGAGUUUGGGUGGGCAUUCUAUGUUUUCUGUUUCUGUGUUGGUUUUGGGUUGCCUGGUAUGGCUCUUAAUUAGAGGCAGGUGUUUGGCGUUCCUCUAAUUAAGAGUCAUAUUUAGGUAGGCGUUGUCACAGUGUUGGUUGUGGGUGAUUGUCUUCCGUGUCUGUGUAUAUGUUUGCACCAUACGGGACUGUUUACGGUUUGUGUAGUCUAUGUUUCCUAUUCGUGCGUUCUUCUUGUUUUAUGUAAGUUAGUCGUUUAGGUCUGUCUACACCGUUUGUUGUUUUUGUUAGUUUAGUCAAGUUCGUGUUUUCGUUAAUAAAAUAUGUCAUUUCACUA